UGCACAUACGGAUGUGUUCAGCUCCAUCGAUCGGCGACAGUAAUCAAUACUACAGUAACAUUACUGUGCACAAGAUAAUGAGGAAUACGCAGACAGCCGAUGGAGGACCCCCCAUUGUCAGACAAAACACACCUGAUGCUCCUGCAGAGACUCUGUCUGAAAUCAACAGUAUCCCAAUGAGCUUCACUAUGAACCAGAGCAUAGCCAUUUGUCUGCCUGUGGUCUCUGAUAGUCAGAGGCUUAUAUGGGUUCACUCAAACCAGAUGGAACAAAAUCUGGAAGCUGCUGCAGAGCUGGGUAAGGCGUUUGAUAAAUUUCCAUACCUCACACAGAAACAGACAGCUGCACUAGCUGGGCGAUGCUCCCUGCACCCUGACCAUGUGAAGGUGUGGUUCAUGGUCCAGAGGCUCCGCUUUGGCAUCAGCUGGGACUAUAGAGACAUCCGGAUGGUUCGGAACCAGUUCAAGUCAAAUCAGGGGAAGAAAAAAGAGGAAAAAACUGACGGUGGAGAGAAAAAAACACGAAAAGUGGACGAUAAAAAGUCUGGUGGAAACAAGGUGAGGAGAAAGUUGAGUAAGGAACAAAGUUCAAUCGAGGGAGGGAUGGUGGGAGAGAAUGUGAGGGCUUAUGAACAAAUGGAGAAAAACAUGAAGCUGGAGCAACAAAUGAAGAAAGAGAAGGAUGGAAAAGUCAAGGAAGACGAAAAGGGUACUCGGAGAAAGCGGAAAAGGAGGAAAGUGACGGCCAAGAUGGGAGAGACACAAAUAAAGCAAGGGAAUAGAUAUGAGGGGACGAGAUGUUGGCCAUUCAACAGCUUUGACGAGCCUUCCCUCGCUGACAGCCAAUCAGAACCACUGAAGAGAGUUGACCCUAACCCCUCUUCCACCCUAAAUGCUCAUGACACUACUGGAAAAACAACAAUGUCGGCUAAGCUGGAGGAAGAAGAGCAUGCAAAGUCAUCAAACCCCGGUGAUACUGUCACUGAUGUUGACAAACUCAAGGUGCUCAUUGAUGCGAAUGACAAUCCAAUUAUGGAUCAACAUGCUGAAGAAAAGGUCACACUUCCCGCUAAGAUCCGCUGCCCUGCAAAGACGCAGACUCAGGUGGAGAUGAUGAGGAUGGCUUUCCUGCAUUGCCAGUAUCCAGACAGCAAUGAGUACGAGCAUUUGUCCUUGCUGAUUGGCAUCCCCCGCUAUCUGUUGGUUCAGUGGUAUGGUGACACGCGCUAUCUCAUCAAGAAGAGAAGGCCACGCUGGAUGAGUGAGGAGCAGCACUGCCGGACGCUGGCCAACGUCAAGUACAGGCAGUACCAGAAGAAGUUGGAGAGGUUGCAGAAAGAGAGCCCCGAAAAAUAAUACAGAAGCCUGAGCUUGACGGGGGUGCGACCUGUGGUGAGGAAACAGGUGAGCGAGGGCCUACAGAGUCACCGUGAUUCAAGAGUCUCAUAUCUCGACAAUUUCAUCAUGUUUUUCAAAACUAUUUUUAAGACCUAUGAUCUGCGUUUUGUUUGUUUUGAAUUCAAGAAGUCUAUUUUACAACAAAAAAUAUUUGAAAAGAAGUUUUCUAAGUUGGACGCAUGUUAUUGUGAUCUGCUUCGCGUGGAGUGUUUUGUUCUGAUCACGGUUAUUUUGAUUACUGAUACUCUUCAUCGAAAAAGUCCCCUUUGUUCUUUCAAGUUGUUUUUAUUGUCAUCCGUGUAAAAUAUU